CCCCGCGGUUAACCGUCGGGGCGCCGGUGCGGAAACAGGUGUGGGAUGGGGGAAUGUUUCAUUUUAAAGCUCGCAAGUGGCUUCCCAGCCGAGUUCUGAUCGCCCUGACCCGAUCUCGGUCCGUCCAGAAUUAUUCAACACCCCCAGCACUGGACUUUCCUCGGCCGCUUUGAUGCUUGCUCGUGUAUCAAAUUGGGUGACACCCGUCGCUGGGGUUUUGUUGGUGGGGGAUUCGAACCCACGGCAGGGGAGGAAGGCGACCGUGAGACCGUCACGGACGGGGUCGGGGCUCCGCGCUCUCCGGUGAGGAUGGAGCCCUGGAUCCUGCUUCUGGCCAUCCUAUUCCCACCCUGUGUGGUACUGGCAGCCCGGAACACCACCAUAGGGUGCAGGAAGAUCAGGCCUCCGUCAGACGGCGGGAUCCGCUACCCCGGCCUCACACAGGAGCAGAUCCGCACCAUCGAGGUGCUGCCUGUGGCCUACGAGAUCGAGUACGUCUGCAGGAGUAACCGUGUCAUCGAUGGGCCGGGGGUCCGCAAGUGCCUGGAGAACGGGACCUGGACCCACAUGGACCAGCGCAGUCGGUGUGUGCGGAACUGCUCCCGCCUGGCUCUGAACCUGGAGAAUGGAGUUGUGUUGAGGAGGGGUGAGGUGAAGACAAGGGACGAGGUGAGGAUUCCGGUGGAGGGGACGGUGGUGGAGUAUCGCUGCAACGCCGGAUUCAAACUGGUCGGCAGCUCCCGCAACAUCUGCACCAAGUUCGGCAAAUGGAACACCAGUAAACCGGUCUGUCAAGUUGACAGGAGCUGGAACCGGCAGUCGCACAGUGAGUACACACGGGGCAGGGCGAUGGUUACCAGGGGUCCAGGGAUCUGGUGUUGGAGGGGUCCAGGGAACUGGUUCAGGGACCUGGUGUUGGAGGGGGCCAGGGAUCUGCCGCGAGAAGAUGGCGCAGCCCGGAUGGAGCCCCCUCUCCAGCGCAGCCGCGUGGUGUGCGGUGACCGGAAGCACUCGCGGUUCUCCGGCUGUGGCCUGGCCUACGUUGUGACCUGA